AUGACAGAUUUCGGUGGUGCUUCUAAAGUCUUGCCAAAUCUUUGGAACGCAGAUAGUGAAAUCUCUCUUCCCGAACAAAAGCAAGUGGAAAACAAUGAGGAACGUGCAAAUUCUUAUGAAAGGAAGCUGAUUGAGGUGGCGGAAAUGCACGGGGAACUGAUCGAAUUCAACGAACGGCUCCACCGUGCCUUGAUGGCCAAAGAGGCCCUCGUGACGCAGAUGAGGCAAGAACUGAUUGAUCUGAGAGGACCACUUCCCGGAGAUCUGAGUCAAACCUCCGAAGAUCAGAGCCUGUCAGAUUUUGAAAUAUCAAACCGAGCGCUUAUAAACGUCUGGAUUCCUUCCGUCUUUCUCCGUGGGAAAGCAGCAAAUGCAUUUCAUGUUUAUCAACUGUACAUCAGGAUAAAAGACGAUGAGUGGAAUGUUUAUCGAAGAUACACGGAAUUCCGAGGGCUUCACCACAAGUUGCAGAUGAAGUACCACCAAGUCCGAAGCUUUAACUUCCCACCCAAAAAAGCCAUCGGAAACAAGGAUGCAAAGUUCGUGGAGGAACGACGGAAGCAGUUGCAAAACUACUUAAGAAACGUGAUGAACAAAGUCAUCCAGGCUCUGCCGGAAUUCAUUGCCAACCCCAAAAAAGAGACUCUCAUCCAACUGAUGCCCUUUUUCGUGUAAGUAUCUCUCGAUCGU